AUGUUGGCGCCACUGCAUGUGGCGACGGAGACGGCCCUCCACGUGGCUGCUCUGUGUCUGGGCGAGGACGCGGGUGUGGGGACUGUGGGGUCCAGGCUGGCUGACAAGGGAUCUUGGGCGGCGCCGCGGACCAAGGUCAAGGGCCAGGCAGCCCGGGGGGGAGGCGAGGGGAGGAAGGAGGAGCGAGUGGUCAUGUGGGUGCUGCUGCGGGCUUUGAUCGAAGCCGGCAAGUUCCCACUCCGAGAGGAAGCACCCCUCGUGCUGCGUUUGGUCGAAGAGGGCCCGCUAGAGCUCACAGAGGCCGUGUUGGCCGGGCCGGGGGAGGUGUCGGAGCGGACGAUUGUCUGCCUGCUCCGUCGGCUCCUCCGCCCGCAGGAGCACCUCCUAACCCCCAUUAGUGCCUCGUCACCGGCCACGCAAGAGCACAGAGAUGCUGGGCAACCUCAUAAGGGAGAUGAGGAGGGGAUCCCAGCGCGGGAAGUGGCGAGACUGGCGGGGCUGGCUGUCCGCAGACCCUGCUGUCGAGCCUUCCUGCGCACUGCCCUCGCCGUGGAAAUGGACGGCCCCAGCGCUGCCUUGCUGCUCGUGCUGCUACAGGCGCUUUUGGAAGAGGCUGUGGGCGCGGGCGGGAAAGGAAGGCCAACGGAGGAAGCGGUGUUGACCUGGCUGGAGAGCCUGCUGGACGCCAAGUUUGUGGCCUUGGUAGUGGAGGGGAAGCGGGAGAGAGCGGGAGAGGCAUGGGGGGACGAGGGGGUCCUACGCCGGGUGCUGGCCUCGACGCAAGAAAGAAUUCAAGCGGCGGCGCUCUCGUGCCAGGCCUUGGAGGUCGUGGAGGGCUACAUCGCGCAAUUCAGACGGGCGGGAGAGAGCCUGCAGGUGAUCCCGGAUUACUCCUUGGACGUGCUCCCAGUCUAA